AUGACUGCCGACAUGAUAGAAAGAAUAGCAACAACAACAACCAAUCGUCCGUCUUCAUCCUAUAGUUUCCCAUCUACCUAUUGCACAAAUGUUACACAAGAUCGUUUUAAUCGACCAAUGCGUGUAGGAAUUGCAAAUAGUUCGGCAUUCAUAAAAUUUCCACAACGAUCAAAGAGUAGAAACACAAUUUCUAUUGUACCAAUAAAUGAUAAAAUUUUGAACGAAUUAGAAAGUGUUGCUACAAGACAAACUCGUUCCUGCACUACUACGCCACUCUUACAGACUCGAAUUAUACCCGGUGAACAAAAACAAUUAUUUCUACAUGUUAAACAACAACAACCCUUAAUAUUAACCUCUAACUCAAAUCAACCAUCUCCUCUUCACAAUUUAACAAUAAAUUCUGAUUCGAAAUCAGAAUUGGCGUCAAUACCUUUAACUAACACUAAUACAGCAGAUAUUUCACAACAAAUUCCAUCAUCAUCGGCCUCUCAAACGCGUUCAUCGGAUGAAGAUCGACAAGAACAUAAGCAACAACAAACAAUUCUUCCUAUUAAAAUAUCUUUGCCGUCCGAGCAAAAAAUAAUCCCAUUAAAAAAUCCAAUUCUUUCUAAUCCAUUACUUAAUCAUAGAAAACUACCUGUGACUGAUCCAGAACAUGAUACAAUAAAUUCAAAUAAUAAAAUACGUUCUUCUAAUCAUUCCGAUCGAUGUUCAUCAUUUACAAAAACAUUUCGUUUGUAUACCAGUUCAGCACCAAUUCAAAGAUCACUGUCUUUACGAAAAUAUGAUACAAUUGAGCAAAACUUACGUCAAACAAAUUGGAACGGUUCAAAUCGACAGCGACAACAAAUGUUAUCAACACAACAAACGACAUUUGGAAAUUCGCAACCAAAAUCUACAAUAGUAAAUAAAGAUCUUGGAAUCUCAAAUAUUACUCAAAAUAAAUAUAAUAGCAGUAGUUCAAAUAUAAAUGGCGACGAAAAAAGUUUAUCAUCCACAUUUCUUGAAAAAACAAAAUAUGAUUAUAUUAGUAGAUGGCUUCAAGAUGUUCGAACUGCAUUACAACAACAACAGACAAAUCCAAAACCAAUGAAACAACAAAAAGAGAAACGAAAAUAA